AUGCGAAAUAAAAGGAGUGUUAGGGGAAAGAGACCGUGGAGAGAGGGAGAUAAACAUUUUAAGUGCAUAGAAAAAAAGCUGUCCAUAGUGGAUGAAUGUCUGGUCCGAGGAAACCGAGGGGUAGUACCAUUGAAAUUGAGAGGCGCAGUGUUAUCUAUGAUACACGCUGGACAUCAAGGGAUUGAGCGAAUGAAGCAAUGGGGGUGUGAGUAUGUGUGGUGUCCUGGCAUGAAUAAAGAAAUUGAAAAUAUUUGCCGAGGUUGUUUGAUGUGUAAUUCAUGGGCCAGUAUGCCUCGUAAAGACAAGAGAAGCGUAUGGCCGAAGGUGGUACGACCUUGGGAGAGAAUUCAUUUAGAUUUUCUCGACUUUGAAAACAAGAUAUACCUCCUGGUGGUUGAUGCUUUUUCCAAAUGGAUGGAGUACGAAGAAGUGAGGUGA